GGAAUUGCAAGUAAAAGUAACAUUAACAUUAUUCAGCGACUACAAUCAAAAAUACUCAGAACUAUAAUCAAUGCAUCUUGGUACGUCCCAAACGAAGUUAUUCAUCGCGACCUUAACAUCGAUACAGUAGCAGAAAUCAUCCUCAAAGGCAGCACAAAUCAUAUGGUCCGUUUAAUGAACGCUACUAAUACUGACAUGCGACAACUCCUAUGGGCCAUGCCUAUUGAAACCCCCUAUACAUUUGCUCUAUUCAAUGGCUUUAAUUAGCACAUGUACGGUAAAAAGUGAAUUUUGUAAAAGACCGGUUUAGAUUGAUUGUGGCAAGUCUAAUGACGUGUGCGGUCUAAACUGAGCCAUUGAUGUGUUUAUUUUUGUGAGAGAAAAUUUUUUGAAGUAUCCAAAAUGUUAGUUUAAUUUUAAUUGUCACGAAGUUAAGACUCAGUUUCAAGCGCGUUUCUUUACGAAGUGUUUGUGUAGUAGAUUUUAAACCCCGUCGCCUAUGUAUUUAUGUAGGUAUGUGAAGUUCUUUGUGCAUAUUUUAGAAAAAAAAAACUGCAGAGAAUUGAAAACAAAAGAGUUUUAUUAGCAACGGUUUUGUCAACAGUAAAAAAAUACAGCAAUAUACGGAAAAGUAACACUUUUUUCAAAAUAACUAAGGUGCAGCAUUGGAUUCUGCUAGAGGUGGCAAGCAAAAAUAAAUAUUUGAUCAAGAAAACGCCUGAGUUAAAUAAAAUUUGUUGGUGGUCGAGCAGUUUACCAAGUGACGCGCUUAAAUUCGGACGCUUAGCGGACAAAGCUAAAUAAUGAAGAUGAGAAAGAGCAAAUCUAGGGAAGUGCUCUUAGAGCAUGGUGAGAAUGCGCCAAUUGAAAAUGACGACACGAUGUUACCUGCUGAGCUCUGUGCAGCUACCAGCCUCCUGCACCACAACAGCAACAACACCUCCGCUAAUGCAGAUGACUCAUUAACCAUACAGAUAAAACCAGUGACACUCUUAUCCGAAGCUCAAGAGGCCGAACUCGGUAUGGAGGUACCACUCACAGCAGAAAAAGCCAAUAUAUCACCCACCAACACCACAAACGAACGAUCGAUUUUCAAAUCUCCACCCUUGUCGUGGUAUCGCAACUGGACAAGUGCAGGCAUAGUGCUUUGUGUGGUCUACAAUCUCACGAUUAUGUUUUUGUUAGUAAUGGGUGUAUUUAAAUUCGGUAAAGGCUGAAAUGGCGUAAAAAUACUAACACUUGAAAUUUUGAAUACACUUUUUUUUUAUAAAUUAGUUAAUAAAUACAUGCAUACAUAUGAAGAACGAA